AUGGCACGAGUCAUAUUGCUGGAUCGAAAGCAUAGUGAUUAUGGCACCGCUGCCCAGCUUGCAGCUGACUUACCUUAUGCGAGUACUGGUACCCCCACAUAUAGAACCAAAUGCUUGGACCGUACUCUCUUCGCAAUAUCUGACGACGGUGUCGCCACUGGGCACCAUCGCUUGGUUUUACCGCCUCAUUCCUUGUUGCGUGGUGGAGGUCGAUCGGCCUCCGCCGAAGUCGCCGAGGUCACAGACGCGAUACCCACGACAUGGUUCUCCCAUCCUGCCAGCGACUUUCAGCAUCGUACACUAUCUCACCACUGCCUUACUGACCGCCAUGCCUGCCAUUCCUCCCGGAUCCAAGGUUCUCGUCACCGGCGCCUCUGGCUACAUCGCCGCGCCUUCCUCGACGCUGGCUUCCCCGUCCGUGGUACCGUCCGCUCAAAGGAGAAGGGCGAGUACCUCUCCAAGCUGUUCAAGGACUCCAAGACCCCCUUCGAGUACACUAUCGUCGAGGACAUUGCUACUCCUGGCGCUUUCGACGAUGCGGUAAAGGGUGUUGUCGGUGUUGCGCACACCGCUUCGCCUUUCCACUUCCGUGCCGACGACCCGAACGAGCUCAUCACCCCUGCUGUUCAAGGGACUCUGGGCGUUAUUGAGAGCUUGAAGAAGAACAACUUCGACGAGAGCAACUGGAACCAGUUUUCUCUGGAUCAGGUCAAGGAGAAGGGCCGCGACUCCGCUGCUGGUGACAACAAGACUCUUGCCGAGAAGGCAUUCUGGAAGUUCAUCGAGGACAACAAGCCCAGCUUCGACGGCGCCACCAUCAACCCGCCUCUUGUGAGCCAAUGGUCUCGUGACUCAGCUGACUUUAGGUUCUGGGUCCUCUCAUCCAGGACGUUAAGAGCCCUAAAGACGUCAACGAGAGUGCCUGUAAGAAGCUUUGAAGGUCACGGGAUACUGACAACAGCUAACAUCCUGAAUUGGUUCACUGGCAACAAGACCGAGGCCGACAUUCCCGACAAGGCCGUCUACAACUGGGUCGACGUCCGCGACGUCGCUCUCGCUCACGUUCGCGCCCUGACUGUCCCCCAGGCUGGUGGCAACCGGUUCAUCACCGCCAACGGCAUCACUUCGCCGGAUGACUGGGUCCUCACGUUCGCGAAGCACUUCCCUGACCGCAAGUCGUUCCCCAAGGGAGACGCCUCGAAGCGCGAUGAGAUCAACUCGCACGCCAACAUCUUUGAUGGGUCCAAGACGAAGAAGGUGCUCGGCAUCGACUACAUUGACCUGGACAAGCUCGGCGACAGACAAGUCCGUCUAGACGAAGACCUUCGAGACGGCAUCCCUCUUAUCCCGCUUGGCGAGCUUCCCUAUCUCUCCGACGUUGGCGACCAAGCAGGCGCAGCACACGAAACUUGGGCCUGGUACAGCGACAGGCUCGCGCAGACCGGCGACAGAAUGAAAUUCGGUACUCUCCUCGAGCUCAACUCGAACGUCGAGUGGUGGGACCACUAUGUCGACUACGAUCAACUGAAGAAGCUCUUCCCCUCCGUCCCCCUCGACCCCGACUACCUCGCAACGCAGCAGCAUGGUGAGCAGGGGUCGCUGCUCCCGUCCAACCGGCCCCCGAAGAAGUUUGCGACGCCGGAUGAGUUCCGCGCCGCCUUAGACCGGGAACGCAACAAGGUCGCGACUUUCUACGAGCAGAAGCUCGAGGAGCUGCGGCAGCAGGAGGCCGACCUCGAGGCAGAGGUGCGUCAGAUUGAGGACCGCGAGUUCCACGGCGACACUGUGAUCUACGAGGAAGGCGAGUGGGACACAAACGAACGUGAUCCCUUAACGAGCAGCCAGCUCAGCAGCGGGGGCGGAUCGCCGACCAACAGCAUGCACCGCCCCGGCAACCGGAAACGCGGAUCGAUCUUCGGGCGUCUCCCCGGGAUGGGACGAGCGAGCGUUAGUGGCGACCACGCCGACAUCUUCCAGAGUACGCUUCCCGCGCAGGUCCGAACGACGGAGGGCCGCCGCCGAUCGAUCGCGUACGCCGAGGAGGGAGAGGUCUCGCCGGGCACGCGGACCAAGCUGCUGCCUCCUACCCGCGGCCGCGCGCUGUCUGAGGUGUCGAGCGCGGAUGAUCCUCGCCGGCAAUCGUUCAGCACGCUGUCUUCCGCCGGCAACUGGCGCCAGUCGCUGUCGAUCCACGGGCACAAUUUGGGCCUCGUGCCGAUGAACCCGAGCGCGUACCCGGAGUGGCUGAAGGAGGAGGUUGCGCGCGAUGAGGAGGCGAUCGGACUCGCGCCAGGAGACUAUUACAAUUGGACGGGCAACGCCGACUACGCGACUGUGCUGCGCAUCGGUUUCAAGAAGCGCAUUUCGGCACUGUGGCUCGACCUGUACGCCCUGAAGCAGUAUGUCGACCUGAACUUUACCGCGUUCGAGAAGAUCCUCAAGAAGUACGACAAGAACACGAACAACAAGCUGAAGAAGGAGUACAUCCAGGAGAAGGUGCUUACGACGUACCCUUGGACGGAUGAGGCGAAGCGUGAGCUCGACUUGCUCCUGAACCGGACACUCUUCCUGUAUCGCCGCGUUGUUGUUGCAGGCGACGAGGAGCUGGCGAAGGAGCAGCUGCGCGCGCAGCUGCGUGAGCGCAUCGUUGUCGACCGCGAGACGGUGUGGAGCCAGAUGGUGUCCGACCGACGAGGCCAGGGUAUUUUCCGUUCCGUCGAGCCGGAUGAGCAGCUGCCUGCGUUCGAGCAAACGCGACCCGGGAUCCGAACCCCGUGCGGUCGCAUCCAUCUGCCAAAGUGGCUCUCCAUGCGCGGCCUCAUCUUCUGCAUCGCUGUGUUCGCACUCGUCGCGACCGUCAUCCUCCAGCCUAUGGACCGUGUCGAGGAGUCGAACUGUCUCGCGCUGCUGCUCUUCUGUACGAUCCUAUGGGCAUCCGAGGCGAUCCCGCUUUUCGUCACGAGUUUGGCCGUGCCAUUCCUUGUCGUCGUGCUGCGCGUCCUUCGGUCGGAUGACGGCGAGGACAAGCGUCUCCCGGCCUCCGACGCCACCAAGUACAUCUUCAGCCAGAUGUUCAGCCCGACGAUCAUGCUCCUCAUUGGUGGUUUCACCAUCGCCGCUGGCCUCUCGCGCACGCGCAUAGACCACAUGACUGCGUCCCGCGUCUUGACCGCGGCGGGCAGCAACCCGUCCUUCGUCCUGCUCGUGCUCAUGUUCGUCGCUUGCUUUGCGUCGAUGUGGAUCUCCAACGUCGCCGCGCCUACGCUUUGUUACGCCCUCGUUCGCCCGAUCCUCGACGAGCUCCCGCCCAAGAGCGUCUUUAGCAAGUGUCUCAUCAUCGCUAUCGCCCUUGCGUCCAACAUUGGCGGACAGGCGUCCCCCAUCUCGUCGCCGCAGAACCUGAUCGCGCUCGGCGCCAUGGUCCCCGAACUUUCGUGGCUGCAGUGGUUCGCCAUUUCUCUGCCCGUUGGCACAGCCUCGAUCAUCGCCAUCUGGGCCUUCCUCCACCUCAACUACAAGUGGGAGCCGGAGCUGCGCAUCCCGCGCAUGCGCAAGAACACUGACGCAAUGACAAUGAAGCACUACUUUGUGCUUGUCGUGACACUGUUCACAAUUGCGCUCUGGUGCGUCGAGAAGAGCUUCGAGUCCACUGUCGGCGACAUGGGCAUCAUUGCCAUCAUCCCCCUCAUCGCCUUCUUCGGCACGGGCAUUCUGCGCAAGGAGGACUUCCACGACUUCCAGUGGCCGAUCGUGUUCCUGGCCAUGGGCGGUGUCGCGCUCGGCAAGGCCGUGCUCUCCUCCGGCCUCCUGGAGAGCAUGGACAAGUACCUCGAGCGCAUGGUCGAGGGCAUGGGGCUGUACAGCAUUCUGGUCGUGUUCUGCGCGAUUGCGCUCGUCAUCGCGACGUUCAUCAGCCACACGAUUGCCGCCGUGCUCCUCGUGCCCAUCGCGAGCCGCAUCGGCGAGAACCUCGCCGACCCCCACCCCCGCCUCCUCAUCAUGGCCACUGCGCUCAUCUGUAGCGCGGGCAUGGGCCUUCCUGUGUCUGGAUUCCCGAACAUGACUGCCAUCACGCAGGAGAACAAGCUCGGACACCGCUUCAUCAACGCAAACGACUUCCUCCGCAACGGCAUCCCCGCCUCGAUCCUCGCCGCGUUCAUGAUCGUCACCCUCGGAUACGCCAUCAUGCGCGCUCUGGGCAUGUAA